AUGCCUGUCUAUGUGUCUGAUUAUGAAUAUCCAAAAUAUGCUAACAGUCAGAGAAUCACAAGGAAGAACCAUACAAGAGUGACAAUUUUCAUCCUAGCAGGUUUGACUGAUGACCCACAGUGGAAAGUAGUGUUAUUCAUCUUUCUGCUUCUUACCUAUCUGCUCAGCAUCACUGGCAAUCUGACCAUCAUCACACUCACACUGGUGGAUAUUCACCUGAAGACACCCAUGAAUUUUUUUCUUUGGAAUUUUUCUUUCUUGGAGAUUUCCUACACUACUACAUGCAUCCCCAAGUUGUUUGUUACUAUGGCAACAGGAGACAAAACCAUUUAUAACAAUUGUGCCACUUAGGUGUUUUUGGCUUUCCUUCUUGGAGCAUCAGAAUUUUACUUGCUUUCAGCUAUGUCUUAUGACAGAUAUGUAGCCAUCUGCAAGCCUCUAUACUACAUGACCAUCAUGAACAAUAAAGUCUGUGUGCAGCUGGUCCUCAGUUGUUGGCUUGUUAGCCUUUUUGUCGUUUUACCACCACUUUUGUCGGGCUUGAAACUUGACUUCUGUGAUUCCAACAUUAUUGAUCAUUUCUACUGUGACACCACUCCAAUUCUUCAGAUUGCUUGCAAAGACACAACACUCCAGGAGACGAUGGCAUUUGCCUCAGCUUUGGUGACACUCUUACUCACAUUGGUAAUGGUAAUCAUAUCCUACACCUACAUUGCUAUAACAAUUCUAAAACUCUCUUCAGCCCGCCAGAGGAAGAAGGCUUUCUCUACAUGCUCUUCUCACAUGAUUGUGUUGUCCCUCUCAUAUGGUAGCUGCAUCUUCAUGUACGUUAAACCUUCAUUCAAGCAGAGCAUAUCUAUUUCCAAGGGAAUUUCUGUGCUCAAUACCUCAGUAGCUCCAUUUCUGAAUCCUUUUAUCUAUACCCUGAGGAAUCAGCAAGUGAAAAAGGCAUUCAUUAAUACAAUCCACAGGAUUGCAUCUUUCUCAAAGAAAUGA